UUCCCCAAACCACAGAACUUGAGGAACUUCAGAUCAACCAAUGCGAUAAAUACGAAACUCUUCGAUCCUUUGCUCCAAAAUAUCGGAUGGGAAUUUUUUGGGCCGGGAAGAAUCAACAAACAAACUCAGGUUAAAAGAUUGACCUACAGACUGCAUGGUUACGAGUGCAAUAUAGGGGAAAGGAAGUAAAUAACCCUUCCAAAGCAGCGAAUAUGGCGAACAAUAGGGCAUCGACGUAUACGCAAGCUACGACAUCAACGGAUGAUGAAGAGAAGAAGGAUAUGUGGUCGUCUAUGUUGGAUGGAGUAGCUAGUGGGAAAAGAUUACCGGAGAAGAAUAUCCUUGUGCUAGGUACUGCAGCAGCAUCCCCAUGUGCCAACGAGGGAAUAACUAAUAUGAAGUAGGAGGGACCGCGGAUUCACAGAAAGAAUUUUUAGAGGCUUUGUCGGUGGAUGAGACUAGAAAAUCACAGGAUAGACAGAGUAGCAAACAACCUCCUAUUGCAAACAACUUUGCUUUGGGGUACACAUAUCAUGAUGUUUUGGAUGCAGAUCAUGAAGGUAUGCUUCAGCUCGGCACAACUAACCCUUCAAUUGAAAAUCUGACAUUACCUAGAUAUUUUGGCUCGGUUAUCUUUAUAUUUACUUGCGGAUCCUUCGCCCUCCUUCACACCUCUAAUGCAGCCACUUCUCACACCACAAACGAUCCCAAACACACUUAUUGUCAUACUACUAGACUGGUCGCAACCAUGGUUCUGGCUGAGGGAACUGCGGGACUGGAUACGUCUCCUGCGGCCGUUAUUGAUAUCUCUGGAUGAAGACUGCAAGGAGAAAAUGGAGGAGGUUAUGAUUAGUUGGAGGGAUAGAGGGCGUGGUGGAAGUAGCUUGGAUGGUGGGGGAAGUACUGCUACUGAGGGAGAUGUUAGCCUGCCUUUGGGUCCUGGAGAAUGGGAAGAAGCCUUGGGUUUACCGCUAUGUGUGGUUUGUCAAAACGUAAGUCUUAUUGUGUAUGCGCAUAUAUGUGCUCUGUUAACAGGUGUCUAGUCUGACAAAAUCGAAAGGCUGGAGAAAGAACGGUCCUGGAGGGAAGAUGAAUUUGACUUCGUUCUGCAGUUUUUGCGCACAACCCUCCUCAAGCGUAAGUUUGAUCUUUUACUACAUUCACACACACAUGCUAACUACGUCAGAUGGGGCGUCCCUCAUAUACACAACACCUGGGGUUAUUAGUCCAUUACAAGGUUUAAUACACUCCUCUCUCGGCAUACACUCUCUCCUCAAAAAGCAACCUAUUAGGCACAAUCUCAUUGAUCGCGACAAGGUAGUCGUGCCACCCAAUUGGGACUCCUGGGGUAAAAUACGAGUACUGCGGGAAGGUUUCAAUGUAGAGGAAGUGAACAAAGGCUGGUCAUUUGACAUUGAGGAAGAUUCAAGCAGUGAUGACUGUACGCACUCACAACCACCAGAACCUGUGGCUGAAAGCGCGGUCUCAGCAUAUGAGGAAGUCAUCAGGGAUCCCAGUCUCGAUGCCUUGCAAGCGACAUCUGCAGAAUCACAAGGUCUUAAACUGGAGGUAUCCAGCCUUGAUGCUCAGAGUUUCCUAGCUUCACAAGUCGAAAUCCUACAUAAAAUUAGUCAAGGACCAGAUGUCUCCAGCGUGGAUAGUAGUCGUUUGGUUAAUGGUCGCAAGGUGUCGAGUGAGUAUGGGAAUGGCGAGGAGAAAGCAUCUGAUGAAGGAAGAGUUAGUGAACAUAUUGGGCCGGUGCAGUUCAACAUGGGCGGCAUUCAGGUCGAUGCCGAUGAUAUGUUGCAAAGAUUACGGGUAUUUAUUUCCUAAAUAAGGGAGGCGUUGGACAAAACUAACAAGGUCUAGGAGCGACAAGCAUAUUCUUCACCAGAGGCAACGACACCAGGCGCACGUAUCGACCCAUCGGCAGACGGAAAGGUUCAGAACGAAGCAUUAGCAUCUUUCUUUGCCGGACUAAUGAAACGAGGUGGAAGCGCACAGAAUAGUCCCAAACCAGGAGCUUCGUCCUAAGUGUAAGCUUUGCUUCCCAGCAUAGCAUAGGUGGCAUAAUCAGCCAGAAGCUCUAUCCUGGCAUCAGCCAAACCAAUGUACUAGAAUAAGUGAUAAUGGGUGGUGGAGAGGCGAAAAGGGGAGAUGUUUGAACGAGGAAGAGUAAGUGCCUUUUUGCAUGAUACCCGGAGGACUGGCUAGAUGUAAUCAUAUACAUUUGUUCCAUAUCGAUAGAUCUGACUGGGACAGCUCAGGGCGUGGCUCUUGUAAAGAUAGAGUGAUAUGUUGGAGUAGAACUCGCGACCCCACCCUAGUUGGGCUUGAUAAAAAUUCGCAUUUUGGCUUUUCAAUUGAAGUCAACAAAAUCACGACAAUUAAUUAUUUGAGAUAUGCAACAAAA